GCUGGGUUUCUUACUCUCUCUGACUCCUUCCCCUGUGUUUCUCACGCUCUGGCCUCUCUUCCUGUGUCUGCUGUCAGCGCCAUGUUAUUGCUGUGACACUGCGGCUCGGCAACAAGUCAGCGGGGAUCGGGGCCGCCGGCCUCGGGCUUUGGGGAGAACGGACACGAAUCCUGCGGGCAGGAGAUGGCUGAUAGCUAGCAAGGCGCACUCAUGACCAUGAUGGCUCAGUUUCCCACAGUCAUGAAUGGUGGUCCAAAUAUGUGGGCUAUCACCUCUGAUGAACGAGUCAAACAUGACCAGCAAUUUUUAAGUCUUAAACCACUUGGAGGGUUACUUUCAGGUGACCAAGCUCGAAAUUUCUUUCUGCAAUCUGGUUUGCCAAAGCUAGUACUAGCUGAAAUAUGGACCCUGGCAGACUUGAACAAGGAUGGAAAAAUGGACCAGCAGGAAUUCUCCAUAGCUAUGAAACUGAUCAAGAUGACCCUUCAAGGUCACCUGGUGCCCACCACACUUCCACUCGUUAUGAAACAGCCACCAAUCCCUUCACCUUUAAGCUCUGCACGAUUUGGAAUGGGAAGUAUGCCAAAUCUAUCAGUCCCACCAAACAUGCCUUCAUUUGCUUCCUUGGGUCCCACAUCAUCUUUGACAUCAGUGACCUCCAUGCCACCUUUGGGUAUGUCAGUUCCCCUGAUACCUGCUGGUAGUACAUCAACAUUGCCAAAUGGUACAUCUAUCCUUAUUCCGCCAUUAUCUGCGCAGAGUUCUGCAACACUUCCCCAUACUGGGCCUCUGAGGCAGCCAUUAGCAGGAUUUGGAAGCGUUGGCCUGCACAAGGCUCAGUCACUGAUUGAUCUUGGCUCCAGCAGCAGUUCAUCAUCAUCCACUACUUCUCUCACCUCACCUAAAAUGAGUUCAUCUGACUGGGGAGUUCCUCAGCCUGCCAGGCUCAAAUAUCGACAAUUGUUCAAUAGCCUUGAUAAAUCCAUGAAUGGCUACCUCUCAGGCCCCCAAGCCAGGAAUGCUCUUGUACAGUCCAAUUUGUCACACAACCAACUAGCUACCAUAUGGAAUCUGGCUGAUGUUGAUCAGGAUGGAAAGCUCAGAGCAGAAGAGUUUAUUUUAGCAAUGCAUUUGAUCGAAAUGGCCAAGUGUGGUCAACCUCUUCCUCUCACACUUCCCCCAGAACUGACACCCCCCUCAUUUAGGUCAAGCAAAUUGGGUGAUGGAAUAAAUGGAACCCCAGCUCAAUAUCAGGAAGUAGCACAGGAAAUCCAGGAUGCCCAAAAAAAGUCACCUGUCACUUUUGAGGAUAAAAGAAAAGCAAACUAUGAAAAAGGGAAUGCAGAGCUGGAGCGGAGGCGUCAGACCCUUCUGGAACAGCAACAACGAGAGGCUGAUCGUAGAGCACAGCGGGCAAAGGAGGAACAGGAGAGAAAGGAGCGUGAGCUGCAAGAGCAAGAACGGAAAAAGCAGCUCGAUUUGGAGAAACGAUUGGAGAAGCAACGCGAGUUGGAAAGACAAAAGGAAGAACAAAGGAGGAAAGAAAUUGAAAAACGAGAGGCAGCUAAGCAGGAACUUGAACGUCAGCGUCAACUUGAGUGGGAGCGGAUCCGACGACAAGAACUCCUCAAUCAACGAAACCGGGAACAAGACGAGAUUGUCCAGUUAAAGGCCAAAAAAAAAAGUCUGGAACUUGAACUGGAGGCAUUAACUGAGAAGCAGCAAAAUGUCACGAGCAGAGUGCAAGAAAUCCAAAGCAGAAAGGAAGUUCAAAAAAAUGAACUGAAUCUCGUAAACCAGAAACAUGACCAGAGGCAAAAAGAAGUGAAUCUUUUACAGCAACAGCUCCAGGAAUUUCAGAAUAUGCUGACUCAGUUGGUUCCUGAAAAGCAAGCACUGGAUGACCGAAUAAAACACCUUCAACCCAAUUCUGCCCACACUACAAGUCUCAUACUGUUGAAUCGGAAUCAUGAAGAAAGGAAAGAAUCUUGUGAACGACUUUGGCAACAGCUGAAUGACCUGGAGAAAGAGACAGCUGACAAACUUUCUGAAAUGGAUGUUUUUAACACCCAACUACAGGAACUGCGAGAAAGCUACAGCAAACAGCAGUUUGCCUUGGAGCAGCUCUAUCGAAUCAAGGAUGAUAAAAUUCGAGCAAUUGAAAGAAAAAAAACUGAACAACUAGCAAGGAAAAAAAGGGAAGAAGAGGAUGCUGUAAGAAAAGCAAAGCAAGAAAAAGAAAAUCUUUGGAAAUCAAAAAUCAAAAGAGAAGAGGAGAUAAGGCAGCAAAAGCUGGAGGAAGAACGACUUCAAGACAAAAUCCGUGAGGAAGAAAAUCGGAAAACUGAGGCAUUUGCUGCCAGGCAAAGGGAAAUAGAAGCAGAAAAUAAAAGGCUGGCUGAGGAGAAGCGUCAUCAUGAAGAAGAGGAAAAAAAGAGACUUGCACAGCUUCAAAGAGAAGCUGAAGAAGAAGGGAAAAGGAAAGCACAGACUCUAAGAAAAGCAGAGGAAAAACGCCAGCAUGAAGAAGAAGAGAAGAGAAGACAAGAAACAAUAAAACGAGAUGAGUCUGAGAAACAUCAGUCAAAGACCGAUGUACAAGAUAAGUUAAAGGACAUACUGAAACACUUUGAUGAUAAGCCAACAUUUGGAUCAAGGAAAGAAGUGCCAGUCAACAAAAAUAAAGCCUCCCUUCCUAGAAAGUCUGCAAUCUUGAUGAGUUAUCGAGCAUUAUAUUCAUUUGAAGCAAGAAAUAAUGAUGAACUGAGUUUUCAGGGUGGAGAUUUAAUAGAGGUUGAUGAAACAACUGAAGGGGAAUCAGGCUGGCUCUAUGGUACUGUACGAGGCAAAUCUGGUUGGUUCCCAAUGAACUACGUAGAGAAGAUGACAGAAAGUGAAGUUCCUUUAUCCCCCAAAAGGGCUUUAUUGCCACCCUCAAAACCUGCUUCAACUACCUCAACAUCUCCUGGACCACACGCUCAAAGUAAAGUGAGCGAUGAGGGGAAUUUUCAGUCAAGUCGAGCCUUCUCCGGGAUUAGUGGCAGUCCCAUUUGGCAAAAAUCUGCUUUUACUCCAACUCUUCCUCCUGGUUCUGGAUCACCAAUUUAUGAUCAGGUUGAAAAUAUAAAAGCUUUUAAGGCACUGGCACUUUGUUCGUGGACGGCAAAGAAAGAGAAUCAUUUGAAUUUCUCAAAAGAUGAUGUCAUUGAUGUCCUGGAACAACAGGACAAUUGGUGGUUUGGAGAGGUUCGUGGUGGAAAGGGCUGGUUUCCCAGGUCCUAUGUCAAGGUUAUCACUGAACAUGCACAGCCAUCAGUAGAACCAGAACCUAUUUAUGCUAAGAUCAACAAGAGCUCCAGUCCAACCUCUCAGCCAGUAGAAGAGUACAUUGCACUUUAUCCAUAUGAAAGUGCUGAAGCUGGAGAUUUAACCUUCAUGGAGGGUGAAAUUGUCCUGGUCACAAAGAAGGAAGGUGAAUGGUGGACAGGGAUUAUUGAAGAUAGAACAGGUGUCUUUCCUUCAAAUUAUGUCAAACCGAAGGAUCCAGAAGGAUCAAGUAGUUCGGGAAGAGCAGGAACAUUAAACAAGAAGCCAGAGAUCGCUCAGGUAGCCAUAGCAUACACUGCAACAGGUACUGAGCAGCUUAGCCUCACCCCGGGCCAGUUGAUACUUAUUUUGAAGAAAAAUGCCUCUGGAUGGUGGCAGGGUGAGUUACAGGCCAGAGGUAAAAAGCGUCAAAAAGGAUGGUUUCCUGCUAGUCAUGUCAAACUGCUUGGACAAAGUAGUGGAAAAUCCACUCCAGCUCCAACUCCAGUCUGUCAGGUCAUAGCUAUAUAUGACUACACAGCCGUGAACGAAGAUGAACUCAGUUUCUUUAAAGGGCAGUUCAUUAAUGUGCUAAAUAGGGAUGAUCCUGAUUGGUGGCAGGGAGAGCUGAAUGGAAUAAAUGGCUUAUUCCCUUCCAAUUAUGUCAAGGUAACCACAGAGUCGGAUCCAAGUCAGCAGUGGUGCGCUGACCUCCAAUCCCUUGAUACUAUGUCACCUAUGGAAAGAAAACGUCAGGGUUAUAUUCAUGAACUGAUUCAGACUGAAGAGAGGUACAUGGAUGAUUUGCAGCUUGUUUUAGAGGUUUUUCAGAAACAAAUGGCUGAAUCCGGGCUCUUGACUGAAACUGAGCUGGGAACAAUCUUUGUGAACUGGAAAGAACUCAUUAUGUCCAACACCAAGCUGUUCAAGGCUCUACGUGUGAGGAAGAAGACUGGUGGGGAAAAGAUGGCUGUGCAGAUGAUAGGAGACAUUCUGGCAACAGAGCUGUCACAUAUGCAGGCCUACAUCCGAUUUUGCAGUUGUCAGCUAAAUGGAGCAGCUAUACUUCAGCAGAAAACUGAUGAAGAACCAGAAUUUAAAGAUUAUCUUAAGAAAUUGGCCUCUGACCCUCGAUGUAAAGGGAUGCCACUGUCCAGCUUCUUACUGAAGCCUAUGCAGAGGAUUACACGUUAUCCACUUAUUAUUAAAAAUAUUUUGGAAAAUACUCCAGAGAAUCAUGCAGACCAUAAUCAUUUGAAGUUGGCAUUGGAGCGCGCAGAGGAACUCUGUUCCCAAGUGAACGAAGGUGUGCGUGAGAAGGAAAACUCCGACAGACUGGAGUGGAUUCAGUCACACGUUCAAUGUGAUGGUCUGGCAGAGCACAUUGUUUUCAACUCCAUAACAAACUGCUUGGGACCACGCAAGUUGCUGUAUAGUGGAAAACUUUACAAAACAAAGAGCAACAAAGAGUUAUACGGCUUCCUUUUCAACGAUUUCCUGCUGCUCACCUACAUAGCAAAACAGACGUUUAUUUCAUCAGGCUCUGAAAAACUUUUCAGCUCCAAAUGUAACUCACUGUUUAAAAUGUACAAAACGCCUAUUUUUUUGAAUGAAGUUCUUGUAAAACUGCCAACUGAUCCAUCAAGUGAUGAUCCAGUCUUUCACAUUUCACACAUUGAUAGAGUGUAUACACUCAGAGUGGAAUCUUUAAAUGAGAGGACAGCCUGGGUUCAGAAGAUUAAAGCAGCAUCAGAACACUUUAUAGAAACCGAGAAAGGGAAACGUGAAAAAGCUUAUCAAGCACGCUCACAGAAGACAAGUGGAAUAGGGCGACUUCUCGUGAGCAUUAUUGAGGCAACAGAACUGAAACCCUGCAGGGCAAAUGGAAAGAGCAAUCCUUACUGUGAAGUCACCAUGGGAUCCCAAUGUUACACAACCAGAACACUGUCAGACACUUUGAAUCCAAAGUGGAGCUUUAACUGCCAGUUCUUUAUCAAGGACAUUUACCAAGAUGUAUUGUGUAUCACAGUCUUUGAAAGAGAUCAGUUUUCACCUGAUGAUUUUCUAGGUCGGACAGAGGUUCCUGUAGCUACAAUCAAAAAGGAGCAAGAAGGCAAGGGACCAACUACAAAGCGCCUUCUUUUACAUGAAGUCCCGACUGGGGAGAUAUGGGUCCGUCUUGAUCUUCAGCUGUAUGAACAGAAGACGUUACUUUGAAAUUUAGGCUUCAAACUUCUGUGGAUUUUGAAAGUUCAGUGACCAAAAUAGUAGCAAUCAUCUAUGGAUAACAAAUAUAGAAUUUUUUUUUCUAGGAUUAUGGAGAAAGUCUAACAAAUGAAACCUCACAACCAAUGUACACUGUGAUGUUCAACAAUGGUUGUAGCCAAAUAGGUGCCAGUCUUCUUGUUGUGGUAAAAUCACAAAUAUUUUGCCUUUUUUUGCCACUUUCUACCCAUUUUCCUCAAAUAGUGUAAACUUAUAUCGGUGAUCAAUGAGGAACAAACGUUAAAUCCAAGUUUCACCAGUGUGGACAAUGAGGGAGCAAGAUUAUUUUCCCCCAGUUGAAGAUAGUCUGACUGGCUGAGAACUACUCUAAACAAACUGCACGGUGACUUCACUGCUGACUUUAAACAUAACAUAAUGAGGGACUAAUAACCUAUGCAAAGGACAAGAAGUCAAGCAACAAUUGAGCCUUUGGAAAUCUGAAAACAAAACUUUUGAAUUGACUGGACAUUUCUCUAAUUACAAAAACUGUAUUUUAGAAGAAUUUUUUGAAGUAACUGAUCAGAAUUUGGAUAUAUUUUCAAGUGAACAGUUGGAGUGAAAAAUUGGCAUUAUACAGUAAAUGGAAGCUAAGGGUGGUGUACGCUGAGUCAUAAUAUCUCAGGUAAUUUGCUGGAAUUGUGAGCUGCUUAUAACAGCUUAAAACCGAAAGAGAUCCACAGCUACUGAAUUUAAAAAGAUCACUUUUGUAGAACUUCUUGUUGCACUGAAUAAGAGCAAAUACAAACUGUUUUUUGUACAUUAUAAAAGCAGUGCAUUCAGAAAUCUUUA